UCGGAAGGUCCUGCGUCCCAGCUGUGAAGUCGGAAUUACGAGUAUGUUAUGUUGAAGUGCUUUGUUGUCAUAGCGAAAUGACAAAUGGCGGACGCGAGAUUCCUUCUUAUCUGUUUCUUGAGGAAAUCAUAUUUUGAUUCCGUAGCCCACGUGCUACAUGAGGAUAAGGAUGCAAGAAAACGCACACGGUUUCUGCCACGGAAGAGGCCCGAGUGAGUGAAAAAAGUGGAGGAAGUGUACAAAAACCUGCAGAGUGCUUGGGGGCAUGGCCAAGCAGCAGUCUGUGAAUGGAAGGCGGGGUCGGGGAAGGGUCUUACUACAGUGGUGCUGAAACCCAGGAGUGCAGAAGGGAACAACCCCAUGGAGUCCUCGCCAUUCAGAGACCUUAUCCAUGCCCUCACCACAGCACAGCAGAACCAGCAUCAAGCGCUGAUCGCCCUCUGAAAGGAGCAAGAACAACGGUUCGAAGCCUUGGUGCUGGCCCAACAAGAAGACCGCCAGGCGUUCUGGCACCUGCUCACGUCGGCAGGGUCCACGACUGCCACCGGAGCGGACCCUCCCCACCUCACCCUAACAAAGAUGGGUCUGCACGACAAUCCAGAAGCCUUCCUUGCGCUCUUUGAGCAGGCAGCGGAGGCGUGGGGUUGGCCGGUCGAACAGCGCGCCUCUUCCCCCUGCUGACUGGCGAGGCGCAGCUUGCCACGCUACAGCUCCCCACCGACAGCCGGCUUGUGUAGGAGGACCUCUGAAGAGCUAUCCUCCAGUGUGUCGGCUGCUCCCCAGAGCAACAGUGGCCGUGCUUCCGCUCACUGCGCUUGGAGGAGGUCGGCCUGCCGUUCGCAUUCCCGCAACAAUUCCGGGACGCCUGCUGGCGGUGGCUGAGGGCAGACGACUGCAACGCCGAGGGAGUUAUCAACCUGGUGACACUGAAGCAAUUCAUCGCGAGGCUUCCAGAAAGAAUGGCAGAGUGAGUCCAGUGUCAUCGCCCGGCGUCGCUGGAUCGAGCUGGCAGAGGACCACAUGGCGGCAGUUCCGACGGCAGGAAGACGUGUUUCCUCUUUUCUCUCUCUGUCUCUCGUCCCCCUCUCCACCCUGUUCCCCUGCCACGGAGGCGGCGGCUGGCUUCUCCCCAGCCGGCCUGUUGCACCCGUGGUGUCCUCCCCUCUCCCUCUUCCGUGUCUGUGUUGUCUCCUCCUUAGGUGAGUGACCCCCAUAACAGCAGUGCAGAGGGAAAGCCUGGGCCGGUGUGCUGGCGCGGCGGGGAAUCGGAGCAUCUCCAGGGUCAGAGCUCCGCAAGGGAGGUGGGUGCUGUAAUCCAGAUCCCCGACGUGCCAGAAACCGCCCCCGAUCAGGCCGGAAUGUAUCGCAUACCGACUGAUGCAUCGGACAGAGGGCUGGGGGCCGUUUUGUCCCAGGAGGUGGAGGGCGAGGAGCGCCCCGUGCUGUACAUCAGCCGGAAACUAACUGCAUGAAAACCUGUUAUGAGUUCAGCAGGAGACAGACCGUCCUCCUCCAGGACACCUCAGGCUGCUGAUCCCUCACAGCUGUGUGAAGACAUAAAAAGAGAGACUUCAGCUAGAGGUACACCUGAAGCUUUAAAAGUCUGUGUGAAGAAAGAGGAGACCCUGGAUCUGAAUAACUACAACCUUGAAGACAACCUUGACAACCCACCGGAACGUCUCUCCAUUAAAGAGGAAGAUCCUGACAAUAAAGACUUCCUCUACUGUGAUGUAUGCAAAUCCUUUUUCUUCAAUAAGUGUGAGGUUCACGGACCGCCUCUCUUCAUCCCUGAUACUCUUGUUCCCAUGGGAGUCCCUGAUCGAGCCAGACAAACUCUUCCUCCUGGACUAGAGAUUUGGGAGUCCAGUAUUCCUGAUGCAGGCCUGGGAGUAUUUAAUAAAGGGGAGACUGUUCCACUAGGUGCACACUUUGGACCCUAUGAAGGAGAACUGGUAGAUAGAGAGGAAGCCAUUAACAGUGGAUACUCUUGGGUGAUAUACAGAAGCAGACAGUGUGAAGAAUACAUAGAUGCCAAAAGAGAAAUGCAUGCGAAUUGGAUGAGGUAUGUGAAUUGUGCUCGUAAUGAUGAAGAACAGAAUCUUGUGGCCUUUCAGUAUCAAGGGGAGAUUCUGUAUCGUUGCUGUCGACCCAUUAACCCUGGACAGGAGCUCUUAGUGUGGUAUGAAGAGGACUAUUCCAAAGAACUCAGUCCUGUGUUUGACUACCUCUGGAACAAAAAGUGCUCUGUGAAUGAAGUAAACAACGCUCUGUUGCAAGUCUUUUCCUGCUCCCAGUGUCCUCUUUCUUAUGCAUCUCAAAUUUACCUAGAAAAACACAUCCAGAGAUGCCACUAUGAAGGGUAUGUGAGACUGUGGAAAGCAGGAGAGAUUCAAUAUGAGCUUCAGAUCCACUCCAAAGGCUCCAGUAAUCAGCCAACAUCAUCUGAUACGUUCAGUGCUGACACUUUUCAGAAAGAUAUACAGAAGGAAAAUCACCACUACUCAGAUUGUAAGAAAAGUUUCUCUUAUCAGAGUGCUCUCCAACGAAACCAAAGAAUUCACACAGGAGAGAAGCCGUAUCUCUGCUCACAAUGUGGAAACAGUUUUACUCAUCAGCGUAAUCUCCAACGACACCAGUACAUUCAUACAGGAGAGAAGCCGUAUCAGUGCUCACAGUGUGGAAAGAGUUUUAAUCAACAGGGGACUCUCCUACUCCACCAGCGCAUUCACACAGGAGAGAAGCCGUAUCAUUGCUCACAGUGUGGAAAGAGAUUUACUCAACAGGGUCAUCUCCUGGUUCACCAGCGUGUUCACACAGGAGAGAAGCCGUAUCACUGCUCACAGUGUGGAAAAAAUUUUCCUGACAAGAGUAAUCUCCAAAAACAUCAGCGCAUUCACAGAGGAGAAAAACCAUGUCACUGUUCACAGUGUGGAAAGAGAUUUACUCAACAGGGUCAUCUCCUGGUUCACCAGCGCGUUCACACUGGAGAGAAGCCGUAUCACUGCUCACAGUGUGGAAAGACUUUUCGUCAUCAGGGUGAUCUCCACCGCCACCAGCGUGUUCACACAGGAGAGAAGCCGUAUCAUUGCACACAGUGUGGAAGGAGUUUUACUCAACAGAGUAAUCUCCAGCGACACCAACACAUUCACACAGGAGAGAAACCUCAUCACUGCUCACAGUGCAAGAAGAGUUUUACUAACCAGAGUAAUCUUCGAAAACACCAGUGCCUUCAUACCAGAGCAAAGAUACAUCACUGCUCGUUGUGAGGAAAGCGUUCUAAUCAGCAGAAGCAUCUUCAAACACACAAGCACAUUCACACAAGAGAGAAGCCAUAUCUUUGCUGACACUGUGGAAAAAAACAAUUUAUUCAGUAACUUUUAAGACUCAGCAGAGCAGUGAAUUAGAUGGUGAGUUUGUGAAAUAGAUCAAUGACUUAAUAAUUUGUCUUCACCUAACAGUCUGUGCACUGUGUUGAAAAAUGCUGAACAGCUACUACAUAAAGUAAAAAAAAGAUUAUCUCUGCUAUUUUCACAGCAUUAUUUCAAUAUGUAUGUUAGAUUUUGAUCGGUCUGUACUGAAGGAGGUUGAAUUGACAAAGUAUGAUCUAGGAAUGUAGACCUCUGCUGCCUAAGAGAUUCUGCCUCACGGAUAUCUGGGAAAUUCUGCCUCCCGGAUAUCCGGGACAAACAUGAGCAUAUAUUCACAUUCAAGAGUGUGUUGUGGAAGUCUGUACCUCAAAAGUAGCCAAAAAAUAUACUUGCACAAAAGAAGUUGCCUUAAAUGCUUUUAUUGUACAAAAGCAAUGCAAGCGUGAGUGAUUCCCGGAAAAAACCCUGCCCUCUGAACUUCUAUUAACAGUUUUUAAAUUGGGUCCCUUUUUGGGAAACCCACCCUCAGACUGCCCCAAAACAAAACAGUGGCUCCUAUUAAAAUAAUUGUGAAAGGGCUUUCUUUGUUUGAAACACGGACUUCGACUUGGCUGCCCAAUAUGGGACUUCUCACUGGCUAAAGUAUAUUCCCUACUAUUUUUCAAAAUAAAACUAGCAUUUACCAUAUGGCAUUCUAAGAGUUUUGCUACUUAAUGACAUGUCUGUGUUUGUCACGCAAAAUGCCUUUACAAUGAUAGUCAGUGGUGAGAACACAGUGAUCACAUGCACACACUAAACUCUGUGUACUUAGGUUCAGCUUAAAGGAGCUUAAUGUUAAAAUCCCUCCCAAUCAUAAAUUCAUGGUAAUACAACAGUUUCACCAUGAUCUCAAUUUCACAGUGAUCUCAAAAAUAAUUGCCGUAAGCUAAAACAGGUGUGUCUGGGGGUGUAUGAGGCCCAGAAAAUAUUGAAAUGGGAGAGCAGUCUUGGAGGCUUCACACUUCCACCUAAGAAAGGUGGAUUCUACUGUCUGGCCCUCGCUGCCUUGGAGCCAUGCAAUCAAGAUAAAAAGAUAACCAUGGUAAACCUAGCACCUACUGAUGCCCCAGAGACUAUGGAAAUCCUAACACAUUCUGAAGCUCUAAACAGCAAGCCAGAGUCAAAAUUCUCUCACAGUUGUAGCUCUGUGAUUGGAUGAUGAUGAAGCUGAGUUAUCUAUGUAUAACUUAAAUGGGUGAUGAAGCAUUACAUUACUGGUUUAGACUACACUAUUGUAUGAAAGAAGAGGGACAUUAUGUACCAUUGCAUCACCCUUCAGGAUCAUAGUCUUACGAAAAGAAGAAAGACAUUACUGGUCAACAUAACCUUCAUUAAGCAGAGAGAAGAAUGUGCAAGCGAAGAUAAAUCUUAAGGAUUUAACUAACCAAAACAAGUAGCAAUUAGACCAGCCUGCCCUGCCUGUUCCAGAUUCAAGAACAAGUAGCAAUCAGACCAGCCUGUACCAGUUUUAAGCAUGCCAAACACAUUUCUAUCAAUGUGUUAAAUGAAUUGGCCAAGGCACUAAUCUAUGCAUUUGUUUUGGAAAUAUUUACCAACAAAUAAAUUCCACUCUAUUUUAUAAAUUCCAGUUUAUUUUAAUUAGUUACAUGAGUUAGUGAACUUUGACUUUGCUGAUAACAUAGCAAAGCACUAUCAACCAACUGAUAAGCAUGAAUGUUUACACAUCUGGGCAUCUACCAAACUCUUAUCAAGCUGUUAUGAAAAAGUCAAAUAACAAACCAACAAACAUGGUUGAAUUUCAUCUGUACAGAUGUUACAUGCAGGUUAAUGUGAAUUCAAUGUAUUUUAUGUCCAGCUGUCUGUUUUAUAAAAUUUGGUCAUAACUUUGAAAUACAUUGAAGAAUACUGUUGGUAAAUGUAGUAUGGUGCAGUGUUGAGUGCAUUCUCUUCAGAUCUUCAAAAUUCAGACAGUCACCUGAAUUAGGACAUAGCAAGACAGACACAUUUUACAGUUUGGUUCAUCUUUUAUUCAGUAAGACAGAGUUGCCAUUGCAGAUCACUGCUAUUUCUGUCAUACUUGUUAUUCCAUUAUUAUGUUGAGUAAAAUUAGGUCACAAUAGGUGGUAAUGUGUAAAAUGUGGGUUACAUGUAACCUAAGGCAUAUAGAUCCGUGUUACAUGAUUUAGUUAUUCUCUUGUCAUUCAAACAAUUCAUUCUAACAUAAUAAUAAUAAAAAUAAGUUUGAAAAGCCUGGAUUCUCUUAUUUUACACUAAAUGUCUGUACUAUUAGUUUAAAUGGGUUCAGUAAAUUAAGUUCUUGGUGAAUCUGUCUUGUAACAUAUGUGUGUGGGGGGGGGUUUGUUGUUUUUUUGUUUGUUUUUUCUUUGCUUCCAUACCCACACUUAUUUGUCAGGGUUAUUAAUGACCAUUCUGUGUAUUAAAAUGAAUCAUAUAAUGCUGUUUGGCUGUGAAAAGAAAUGUAAAUAAUCAAAUGUGCAGGACUGGUAAAAGUUAAUUUUAAUCUAUGUAUUUCCAACUUUUAAAAUGUCUCGUCAGUGGUAUAGACUGUUUUUUUUGUUUUGUUUUGUUUUUUUUUUUGGAAACGGUUAUUAAAUAUGCCACAGAUUGUUUCAGUCUCUAACAUAUACUGUAUGUACUUUAGUAAUUGUUAAAUGAUUUUCUCCAAAGAUAUACAUCCUAGUUAUGACAGGUGUAUUUUAGUUCCUGAAAU